UAUGACGCAUAGCGACUUCGCCUCAGUGAAUUGGAAUGUACUAAUCUUUUAUACUUUUUAAAACGUAUUAAGUGACGGUAGCUCCUUUAAUGUAAGAGAGUUUAUUGUUGGCGUUUUAUGAGAUUAAAUAUCAGAAUGUUAGCGAGAGGACGUAAAUAGAAAGAAGUAGCAGAAGCAAGAUAAGGCAACCCUUGGACCAAAUUUAUUUUCUCUAGACGUUUGAAAGGAAGUUAAGCUUCCUGAAUGGGUGUGGACAUCUUCCGGGAAUGAUUAAGAUCUACUUGUGAAGAAUCGCGUAGGACCUAACCAUAAUUCAGUAUCUAACACUUCUGAUACGAAACACGGCUGUUAUGUCUGUCAGUGGGAAUACCUUUUUCUCAUUUUACGUUUUUUGUUGUUAGCCGUACUUCUAACGUUAGCUAUUAGCUACUGAGUUGGCUCAUGAUAUAUAUGUCAUUCAACCAGACAUUAUUUAUCCUGUGUUCGCAUCAUCGGAUUAGAGAAAUUUGUAGCUAAAAUAAGGUGAAAGACCAUGUCCCAACGAGUGAUCGUCCUUUUCACAUGUCUCAUGGUGGUUACAGAAACCCGAGCAGAAUGUGAACGUCCCAGUGUUGGGGGAAACAGGAUUUUGAUUGAAGAGCCAACAAAUUUCCCCAGUGGAUAUGAAGCAAAGUUCAAAUGCGCAACUGGUUAUAAACCAGUUAAUCCAACAUCUUCCAGUGUAAUUACCUGCAAUGGAACACAAUGGACAGUCCUACAACUUGAAUGCAAAAAAAAAUCCUGUGGAAGCCUUGGUGAAAUCCCCAAUGGGAUGUACAUAUAUUCAGAUGGACUUCAGUUUGGUUCAACUGCCACAGCGGAAUGUAAGGUUGGCUAUAAACUUGUUGGAGACAAUACUAGAAAUUGUUUCAGUGACGGAUGGUCUGGCAGAAACCCUGUAUGUGAAGUGGUGAAAUGUACAAAACCUCCUCACAUAAAAAAUGGAGAGCUUGAAGAUCUAAUUAAGGAGGAAUAUGAAUAUGGAGAAGCAGUCACCUACACCUGUGAAUAUGAUUUUACCCCCUUUGGAAGUCUAACAAUAUCGUGUUCUGAUGAUGGCACCUUUCAGCCUUCUCCUCCUGAAUGUUUGAACGUGACCUGUAGUGAACCAGACAUUCAAAAUGGAAACAGAGUUCAGGGAGCACCACCACCCUACAGAUAUAAACAAUUUGUCGAGUACCAGUGUAACAGUGGCUACAAAAUGGAGGGGGCUGGUUACCUGACAUGUGAGGAAAAAGGAUGGAAUCCACCACCCCCCAAAUGCCGUCCAAUUGCAACCACAAAACCAAAACCAAGACCAUCUCCUGGGACCUUAGAGACAAUUCCUGGAGGUUAUGGCUCUCCAAGGCCACCCACAACAGGGCCACCCACCACCACACCACCAUCAAGUGGCAGUGGUUUGAAACUUGCAUUUGGACUUGGAAUACCUAUUUUGCUUGCAACUGUUGUAUUGGUGUUUUUCAUCAAAAAGAGAGCCUCUAGGAACGAGCGCACUCUAAAGGUGUCCACAAAAAACGAAGAUGCAGAGUAUUAGCAGCCCCAUUAUCUGGCCUCCUGACUCUUCUCUGAAUGAUCCCAAGCCUUUCGUAAAAUGGAGGAAUCCCUCAUGAAUAAUUUCUCUGUAUGUUCCUCCAGGAUACCAAAAAACUCACCAGAAAAAUAUCUCCGUUCAUGUGAUGUGCAAGUUUUUUUUCAGCAGACUAGCACGACUGCAGUAUUUCUGUAUGUUGUUUAAACAUGCAUGUGAUUUUUGGUUUUGAUUAGAACUGUGCUUCAUCUUUCCAUAAAAUUGUUUAGAAAGUUUAGCUGUAUUGUUUAAACUGCAAUCACCUCCAGCUGCACUAGAAGCCAUGUCACCUGUAUAGUUGGCAAAACAGUACGUGGAUCAACAUGGCUCAAAUACCUGAAUGACUGCUGACUUUGGACUAUAUUAAUUUUGUAAUGCUGUAAACAUUAUA